UUGGGGCAAGACGAAUGUAACGAAACAGCCGGCCUGGGGCCUGGCUAGGGCGAGGAGGCACCAGAGCAGCCUUGGCAAAGUGCCAGGGCAUCUUUCUGGCCACAAGGGGUUGGGUCCUCUCUCCUCUCCUCUCCUCCCUCCCCUCGCACCCCAACAAUGCCACCUCCAGCAGCACAGAGACCCUGUAAAUUCCCCGGGGCCGGGGCCGGGGCCGGCUCGGGGAAAGUUCCUCUGCGGAGCUGCGAAGGCCACUCCCCGGGCCUGAACAACAGGGCAAUCCUGCUUUGAGUCUACUUCUUGGCUUAUUCAUUUACCACGGUGGAUUGUUUCCUGGGCGCUGCCAAGGUGCUCGCUGCUGUAAAAACCACCCUGCCCGGCCUCUUGGCGCUCGCGGGCGAACGGGACUCACAGCGGGUGACAGAACACGCACUAGGCCCUUAAGCCCCAGUCAAGUCUUGAACUCUACCCACAAGAACAGACAGGAACUGAUCCUGGCGGAGCGGUUCCUUGGCUUUGCAGAGGGCGCUGACUUGCCCGGCGUGGCGCUGGGCCCUGGCAGUACAUGCUGGGAUUUCUGGCACACACAAAGGAUUUCCUCUGAGCACAUCUGAGAUGAAACAGACCCCUUGGAUUCUUUACUCUCUUCCCAGCCCCCCUCCAUGCCCAGAGAUAAGGCAUAGCAGAGGAACCUCGUCACCACCACAAUCUCCUAGGCUAGGUCUACACUGGGGACCAAGUUGAGCUAAAGUAAUCAACUCGUGAAUAGCGUAGCUAGAGUCAGGGUAUCUUAAUUCGACUUACCGGGGCGCCCCACUGCAGAGGGCUGAUGGGAGAAACUCACCCAUCGACUCACCUUCCUCGGACAUGGUAGAGUACCAGAGUCAGCGGGAGCGGGAGCGGUGGUCAAUUGAGCAGGUCCUUACUAGACCCGCUAAAUCAACCCCGGGAGAUCAAUCUCUGCAGCCUAAGUGGAGACAGGGCCUGACCACUUAAUCAACCAAGAUCCACCUGACACUCCGAGUCUUCACUUUGCAAUAAGCUAUGCGAAUGCCCAUCAACUGUGUCCUGACUACGCCGGUGUUCCCUGACCUACCCGCUCAGAGUCAACGGUGGAACCCUAGAGCUCUUUGCUUUACUCUCCUAUGGAGUUUGGCUGGUGCAGAAUCACCACGUUUCUCUCCAUUGUCUCCAAACAGUGCAACAGCCCUUCUCCUCCUUCUGGCUUAACAAAUGCGCUUCCCUCCUGCCACAUGGGCAGCCACCUCUGGGGUGGGACAUGGGAGCUUUCCAACACCCGGACCAGGAAGCGAAGAAAAAACCGAAACGUCCGGGGGCCAGAUGGAAUAUGUGAACACCCCCAGCUGGGGGUAGCAGGCUGCCAGCGCGCCCCGGGCUGCAGAGCGGCUCAGCGCGUCGAGCAGGAGUCGUGUGGAUGUGGGGGCAAGCAGAAGCCAACAGAGCUAGCAAGUGCCAGGGAAGGGCGACAGCCGCGCUUCCUGGCCCGGCCCCAGCUGUUACAUUCCAGCCAUGCCUGCGGCUCCUCGGGGAUCUCUCCUCCUGCUCCUGGCUCGGUGAACGGUCUCAGCCUGGCAGCCGACGCGGGUUCGGAUUUCACUCUGUGCCCCCAGGGCCGGCUCCACGCCCCUUACGCCCCCGGGUGCCUGGCGGGAGGGAAGUUUGCUGCCUCCUCUCCCCCGCACUCCCCAUCCAGACUGAGCUUCCUGCUGUGCACCACAAACAGCCCAGGCCCGGGGAUGGCGGGGGGGUCGCCCAGGCGGGAGGGAGAGCAAAACUCAGCCCGAGAUCGUGACGGCUCCGGGAGAAGCCGCUUCAGAGGGAACAGCCAGAAGCCGACGCUGGAGCACGCCGCCCCCUCGGUUGGCACCGGCCCGGCCUAAAGGGCGCCCUGCUGCUGGCACCUUUCAAAUGCAGCAAACUGGGGGUGGGGCAGUGUCCUGCCUGCUGGCUGGGACAUCAUGCAAGCAUGUGUCUCUGCAGGUCCCCCCGUCGCAGGGGGACUGCAGGCCAAGCGCCUGGCACCGAGGAGCAGCUGAUUUCACUGGCCUCUUCCCCCCCACCCCCGGGCAUCCCACUUCGACCAGCAGGGAGGAGCGAGAGUCUCCCCAUGCCAGCCAGGCCAGCCGCUCCCCCCAGACGCUGCUCUUAUUCCCAGAGCGCCGAAGCCCCGAAAGAUUCCUGUUCCUCGCCCCCCGCCCUGCCCGGGCACCUAUCGGUGAUGCCCAGCACGACGGCGCUGGAGUUGCCAGGCAGCCGACAGAGCCUGGGUCCUGCAAGGGCAGGCUCUGGAUCCCAGCUGCUCCUGCCCCGCCCGCUGCUCAGCCUGACCCGAACUGGGUGGGGCAGGAAGGGUUGCCCCCGCU